AUGCUUCUUUGAACUCUUGAAGCGAAACGAUAGACUCGACUUGUCUUUUGAAGUCAUGCAUAGCUCUGGCUCCGAUUAUGAUAUCGAUUAUACGGUCUGUUUAAAUCACUUUCGUAUCUCCUAUUCGAGUGUUGGCCAAAGUAUAUUUUUGAGCUUUGUAUGCAUUAUUGGGUAGGGGUUUAGUCCAACAAGCCUAGCCCAUCAUUAAUGCAAUCAAGGAAUUUGAAACUUGGACUAGUGGGCAUCUGCCCAUCUAUAGAUCUCGCUGACACUCAACUAGCAACCAACAAUCUUGACGAUUCUAGAUUCGGCACUAGUUCUGUCACUAACUUUGCCACAACUUAUUAUUUUAUAGAUCAGCAACCCAGAUGGUUCUCUCCUGCACUCUUUUCCUCAAGAGCGCCAAGGAAACUUGGGAUUCAAUGCCAUUCAUGAAGGAUCAUAUCAAAUCUGUUUUAGCAAUAUGCGAUACAACUCGGAAAAAAUGAUUGUAUUUUCCAUCACUGGUCCUGACGAACACAAGAUCAUUCGUGAUAUGAAAAAAGACAACACCAAAGAGAUAGAUGAGGAACAAAUGGACCUUUUCCGUACACUUCAGAUACUGAUGGACAAUAUCCGCUUUAUGCGUGAUGAGCAGUCUUUUCUUCUCAAGCGUCAAAAUCGUCACCGCGAAACUAUUCAAUCGACACAUGGACGUGUGCUCUGGUGGUCAUUUGGACAGAUUGUUAUGGUGCUCAUUGCCUGUGGCUUUCAAGUAUUAUAUCUGCGUCGUUUCUUUGAGACUAAACGGGUGGUCUAAGUUGGCAAAUUUUGUAAGAUGGUUGAGAUUAAACAAUUUAAGCUUUUAAAGCUGUCUAUUUUACGUAAAUGGCCAAUCUUGGCUGAUAGCUAAAUGAAUAUUGGAUGGGAUCACGUGGUUAAUCUCACUUUGUUUAGCUGAAAACAGACUUUGAUUCCUGCAUCCAAGUUUUUUGUAAUCCUUGCUGUUUACAUAAUACUCUAGCUCGAUACAUUCAUCUGGAGCUAGCCACGGAUUCAAGAUUAUCCACUACGUUUACAAACCCUAUUUUCUGAUACAAUGCCUGACCAAAUCAAUCGCACCC